UUCUUCCCGCGCAGAGAUUCGCUCUCUUCCGGUAGUCUCCUUUAUCGAUAGCAAGGCUCGGUGGGAACAGACCCCGAACUUCCGGCCUUUAUGGAAGACCGGAAGUUGCUGUAAAGAUCGAGACGUCGUUGGCGCGACUUUUCCCACCGCCUCCUUCCGCGGGAAGAGACGUCAAGGAAGGCGGCAGCGGCGUCCCGGGCGCGCGUGGAGCAGUGUUGUGGGUAAGCGACGGUUGGCGGGAAGAGUCGGGCGGCCCUUUUCGUCGCAAUGCAGGCAAUGACAAAUAUGGCCGAGGAAUCAUGUACAGACGGUUUUCAGAUCUUGAACUCUGCGAAGAAGAAGAAAAAGAAGAGAAAGAAACACAGGCACCACGUGGACACUGGCUUCCGUUCACCUUUGUCAUCUAAUAAUUCCUCCAUUUUCUCUUGGCACUUUGAUGAUCAGACCUCUGAGAAAAAUGAGCCUCUUCAAAAGAAAUCCAAGAAGAAAGCUAGGCAGGAAAGAUCUGCUUCCCAGUUAGAUUGUUCUGGCGUCGCAACAGAGAGCGAGCUGAACAGUGAGGCUGGAACAGGAGGAGUUUCCAAACUCAAGAAGAAAAAGAAGAGGAAACUCAGUCCUAGUGAACAAGAUGAUGGCAACCAGCUCUGCAUCCCUCUGAGUCCACGAAAGGAUGGAAGUCGACCCAAAGCAGAUCGUUUGGGAAAUGGGGAUUCGGUCGACGGGGGCACCCCUGCCAAAAAGAAGAGAGCAAAGGCACACACAGCAAAGCGGGAUGAGGCUAGUGAAGGGACUGCUAAGCCCACAAAAAAAAGGACUGACGCUGCAGGUUCAAACAAGCAUGAGGUGGCCGAACCCAGCAGCCCGGGGGACUCCCAAGUGGAUCUCUUUGCCUCCUCGCCUUUGUCGCUGUGUAAAACGCAGCAACCAAGCCUUUCCCAAGCGAAAGCAACAAUAAAAUUGGCCGUUCCUGAGGAACUGGGUAGCCCCGUUACACGAAGGAAGAAACGCAAGCGUAAAAAACCUUCUGGCCCAGGAGAUUCUGAUGCCACCGAUGUUGGCUGCGCAGUGGAAGAAACUGUAAAGUCUGUGACCAAUCAUGACCGGAUAAAAAAAAAAUCACGGGCCAAGCGGCUCCCUUUGGAGGACAGUAACAACAGGUUGCCAAAGACCCCCAAGGAUGCAGGGGCAUCGUCUCCCACAGAUCGUCCUGCUUCUCAGCCAUUUUCCGCAGAAGACGGUGAGUUUCUGGAAUCUUCCGAGCUUGCUGCACUAGAUCUGGAUACAGCCACGCAGGAGCUGGAGGAGUUCAUUCCUCACGUGAGGAGUCUGUCUGCUUCGGCGGUCAAGCAGCUGGCCUCAAGAGACCUGGUCAGGUUUAAAAAUUUCAAGCAAAAAGGCAUUGCAGUGAAGUUUGGCAAGUUUUCCAAGAAGGAGAACGACCAGCUGAGAAAAAACGUGGAGGCCUUCCUGCAAGAGAGCCGCAUAGAAAGUGCGGAAAAGCUCUUGUUUGCCCACCGCUUUCCAGAAGAGAAAGCAGCCAUCAUCAAGCUGAAAGCUGAGCAUUUAUUUGGUGUCAGGAUUGCGGAAGGAAUUCCACGACCCUGGAGACUCGUAUAUUAUCGAGCAAGAAAAAUGUUUGACCCCAGGAACUAUAGUGGAAGGUAUUCCAAUAAAGAGAAGAGGAAACUAUUGAAAUACCAGGCCAUGUAUGGCAACAAUUGGAAAAAGAUUUCUGAACUGAUGUCUCGAAGCAGUCACUCGGUUGCACUGAAGUACUCACAGAUUAAGUCUGGGCCCAAUUCCGGCCAUUGGAGCAGAGGGGAGACCAAGAAACUCAUCCAGGCUGUCGAAGAGAUUCUGCAGGCGAAAGUCAAAGAGUUCGGCUCGGCUCUGGAGGAGAAGGAUGCGAACAAAGCGCUGUCGGUGGUGCGUGAGAAUCUCUACAAGGGCAUCUCAUGGACGAAAGUGGAGGCAAAAGUGGGCACCAGGCACUGGAGGCAGUGCAAGCAGAAGUGGAUUUCAGUUGUGACCAAGAAGAUGUCCGCUGGACAGACAAUGUCAUGGGGGUCCCAGAAUUUGCAAUUCAAGAUCAACCUUAUUGAAAGGUUAUAUGAAGUGAACGCAGAGGAUGCGAAUGAAGUCGAUUGGGAAAGUCUCUCCAAUGUUAUAGGAGACGUCCCUCCGUCUUAUGUACAAGGGAGAUUUUACAAGCUAAAGGCUAUUCAUGUUCCCUUUUGGAACCAAAAGAGCUUUCCUGAAAUUAUUGAUUACCUUUAUGAAGUGACACUUCCCAAAUUAAAAGCAUUGGUGAAAGCGGAAGAGGAGGAAGAUCCUGCGGAAGUGCAAUCCAGUCAAGUUAAGGCGCAGAAGAAGGUUUUUCAGUUCAAGGACAUCUUCCAGGACAGCAGUGAUGAUUUGAUUGAUGAGUCGUCGGAAGAAGAGGAGGAGGAGGAGGAGGAGGAGGAGAUGAAGCCAGAAAGCAGCAUGGGUGGAUCUGAAAGCUCAUGACAGAUGUGCAAUAAUGAGAAGAAAGGCAGCGAAGUUUUUGUCGAAAGAGAAAUAAUAAAUCUUUAUUUUUAUGAU